AUGAAAGUAGCAAAAGAUCACUUAUGGGCAGGGCGAUUCAGUCUUGGAGAAAAGAUUGGAGCCGGUGGCUUUGGCCAGAUAUAUGAAGCCGAAGAUACAAGGCAGCAUAUUAAAGUUGCUCUUAAAAUUGAACCGAAUGAUGUCAAAAAUUCACCACUUGAAAUAGAGUCUAAGAUGUAUGGUGUAUUCACUAACAAUAAUUACGUCCCUAAAAUGUAUUUUUAUGGUUCAGAUAGCGAUAAAAACCUAUUAGCGAUUGAUUUACUUGAUAAAUCUUUAGAAAAGCAUUUAGCAGACUGUAAACGUAAAAUGUCGCUUAAAACAGUUCUAAUGCUUAUCGAUCAAAUGAUAACUUGCGUUCAAUACAUACAUAGUUGUGAUUUUAUUCAUAGAGAUAUUAAACCGGAAAAUUUCAUGACCGGAUGCGGAGAAUUUAGCAAAAGGAUAUAUAUUAUCGACUUUGGAUUAUGCAAAAGGUAUCGUAAUCAAUAUAACCAUCAACAUAUACCAUAUACAGAAGGAAAUAGCCUAACUGGCACUCCCAGAUACGCCUCGAUUAAUGCUCUUGCUGGUGGCAAGCAAUCAAGAAGAGAUGACAUGGAAUCUCUUGGAUACGUUUGGAUUUACCUUCUCAAAGGCGAAUUACCAUGGAUGGAUGAGAAAUCCGAGGAUGUUAAUGUCAAAUUUGCGAAAGUACUUAAAAAGAAACAGUCAACAAAAAUAGAAGAUCUUUGCAAAGGAUUACCAAUCGAAUUUACAAGAUAUUUCGAAAUGAUUAAGUCACUACAGUUCCACCAAGAGCCAGAAUACGAUCAAUACAGACAAAUGUUCAGAACUCUCUUCGAUUCUGAAGGAUUUGAAAGAGAUUACAUUUAUGACUGGUCAAAUGUCGAAUCUGAACAAGCAGAAGCAAAGCAAAAUGGUACAGCAGGAUAUCGCCGCACAAAGAGAGCAAGAAAGGUUGUUCAAGUCGAAGAAUUACUUGCAAUGAAAUCAAAUGCAAAGGUUGAAGAAGACAAGACACCAACAGAAGAUUCAAAGGGAGGAUUUAUCCUUGGAAGAGGCCACAGAGAGAAAGUUGAAGCUCAAAAACAAGCUGCAGCUCAAUCCGCUGAAGAAUCUGCUCCAAAACAAAAAAUUGUGAGGAAAAGAACAAUGACACGCGGAGUAUCUUCACCAAUGAUGGCUCCAACACCUGGAAUUGAUACAAAGGCGAAGAUGACAAUGGAAAUGAAUUAUUUCAAACCUCCACCGCCGCCACCACCGAAAAUUGCAUCAAGAAUUUGA